CAAUAAACAUCACGUGUUUUCUUCAGCAGCUGAAGUGAGGAACUUAUUUGACAUUCGACAGGUCAUGCGACGCAGUCUGAUGUAGAGAAGAUGGCAGGACGAGAGUCAGACAGGAACAGAGGUGAUAUGAAGAUGUGCCCUCAGCAGAGAGCUCGUUAUCAGGUGUACAGCGAACCGUCGAAAGAAGCGCAGGGAUGGAUGGCAGCGGCGAGUCAGCGCGUGUCCGCGCAUCUAAUAAAUCAAAACUCCCGCCAGAUCAUCAAUCCAGCUUCUGCUGCUGAUGCACGUCAUAAUAAACUCACCGCGCAAUUAAAAGCUGCUGAGGCGCGGAAUCGGGUCCGACAACUGAGGCUGCGCUAUCAAGACCUGAGGGCUCAGGAAAUUAACUUAAUGAUUUCAUGCCAGUGCAACGCACAGAGGGCUGUGCGCCUGGAACAAUUACUACCAGUGAGAGAGAGAAAGAUAAACCACACAGAGAGCAUGGACCAAUUACAGAGACAAAGAGUGGAGGAGAUCCUAGAGGAUGAAAAGGGUCUGACCAUCCACCGCAGAUAAGUUCUCAUCUGCAAGUGAAGAUCAGACAGAGGAACAUUUCCUGAGUGCUCUGUCUUAAAAAUACUGUAUAUUGUCAAUAGACCUUUUUCACACUCCAGGUUGUGGAACGUGGUAGUAAACGUUUGCAGGGUAAACUUUGACAGCAGUGAAUGGGAGAUCACAGCAAAUAUUAUUUUCACUUACUCAUUUGCUCCAAGACAAAAAUAAAAAAUAAAAUCUUACGUUUUAAGGACUUUCCAGAAGAGGAAAAAAAUAGAGAGCAGUGGAUUAUGACAGUAAAAUGGGAGAAGAUGCCAAAUUUACUGUCACUCUCUCAGCAGCUGUUAAAGAAAACCCAUCGCAGCUGUGGUAAUUAAUUUUUUUAAACUUAUUCCAGGGUAAUAUAACACAAAGAAUAAUGUUAUAAAUUUACACUCAAUAUUUAAAAAAAUUAUAAUAAAAAAAAAAUAGCAAGAUUCACGCUGUUAAAUAAGGUGGAAACGCGCCAUUACAGUCUGUGUAAAAGGUCUAUUAAGAGUUAAUUCUGAUUUCAUGUUGACUUUUUAACCAUUCUGUUUUGUAAGAAAAGUGCUAACAACUUUUCUGUUCAGGUCACAAUAUACCCAUUCACACUCCUUUUUUAUUAUAAACUUAAACAUUGAGAUAGGCUUGUUCUGUUUUAGUAGCAUUUCAUCUGGAAAGAGUGCCAAUUAUAUGUCAGUGGUGGUACUUUUUUAUGUUUUUACAGAAGCUAUACAGUAAAUUCUUCAUUUUGAUUGAAAAAGGUAAUAAUUGCAAUACAUUGUUUCUGUUUGAAACAAAUACAGAAUCAUGGUUCAGGGUUGAGUCAGCAUAUGUCAGUGAAUAGGUCAAAAUGGAUUAAAAAUCAUUCUAUAUCAAAGUGACUUUUUUUUUUAAUCUGUACAGAAACACAAAUGGCUUUAAAAGUCAUAGAAAAUUCAUAGAAAUUUGUAAAAAAGUGUGGGAACCCUGAUAUUAUUUAUUAUUAUUAUUAUUAUUAUUAUUAUUAUUAUUAUUAUUUACUUAUUUGAAAAUAUAAUUGACUUCCAUUGAAAAUGUCCCCACACAAAUUAAGGCAUCAGGGCAUCAUGGAUAAUUGAGGAUGAUGUCUUUUGACUUGGGCCAGUAAGCAACAAUCUAGAUUUACACAACACAAUUUACAUAUCUAAUAUACACAUAAUUACACAAUAUACAAAAAAUUAUAUACAAUGUACAGUAUACAAUACACACAAUACAGAAUACCCAGUAUACAAUACAAAUAGUAUAUAUCAAUUAUUCAGUAGGUUGUAUUGUGCUGUGUUGACAUUCAGGCUGUUGGUUGAUAGUCAGUUGCCAGUGUGUUGUUAAGAGAGAAUAUAAUUUAUGACAGUCCAAUGUAAGAUUAAUAAAGUGCAGUGCUAAUGUAUAUUGAUCAUGAGAGAUCAAGAGUUAAAAAGUCUGAUUGCUUGGGGGAAGAAGCUGUCAUGAUGUCUGCUGGUGCGGGUCCUGAUGCUGCGAUACCGCCUGCCUGAUGGUAGCAUUGAGAGCAGCCCAUGGCUCGGGUGGCUGGAGUCUCUGAUGAUCCUCCAAGCUUUUUUCACACACCGCCUUGUAUAUCUGUCCUGCAGGGAGGGAAGCUCAUUUCCGAUGAUGUGUCUGGCAGUUCACACCACCCUUUGCAGGGCUUUGUGGUUGAGGAUGGUGCUGUUUCCAUACCAGGCAGUGAUGCAGCCAGGCAGGAUGCUCUCUGCUGGUGUAGAACCGUGUGAAGAUGUGAAGAUUCCAAACUUCCUCUGCCAUCGCAGGAAGAAGAGGCGCUGUUGAGCCUUCUUCACAACGGCCUCAGUGUGGACAGACCUUGUGAGUUCCUCUGUGAUGUGGACACCGAUGAACUUGAAGCUGCUGACUCUCUCCACCGGUGCUUCAUUGAUGGUGAAGGGGCUGUGGUCUCUUGUCUGUUCUCCUGAAGUCCACCACAAACUCCUUGGUUUUACUCAGAGCCAUAUAGAGAGAGAGUUGCGACAACGGAAGUUCUAAAUGCUUGAUCGUCACGUGAUUCACGUAGACUUCAGAUAGUUCCAGGAAGUGCUUUGGCAGGCAUUUCAAACUGUUAGAGUAGAGUGACAGAACUGCGAUUUCUGGUUAUUAGUAGUCAAUAAAUGCAUUUAUUUUAUAUAUUUAUGUAACACACCGACAUAUGUAUGUAGCAUGAGUAUGUUGUUACAGCGAUGUUUUUUUUAAAGAUCAAAUCAGCUAAUAUUUGAGGAUUAGUGUUCGUUUACCGUUAUUUGCCUCAACUUAUUUCAGGCUAGGGUUUCUGUUGCCUUUUUAUGUUACCUCAUGUUCAUUGUUUUCACUAAUCUCAUGGUAACUAAUGUCAUAUUUAUGACUUUUCAGAUAGUACAGAGACAGGCUGGUGACAGGUGAUGUCCAGCUCGCACCGCACAAUGGGUCAAUGAACUAUUAACUAUUAGCAGCAGUUACGUAAAUGUAAAAUUUAGUGAAAUGAAGCUUAUUGUUUACAAUUCUAUAUAUAGUAAUAUAAUUAUUUAUGUAUUAUAAAUAUUAUAUAUCUAAUGUAUAAUUCUUACAAUACUUAUUCAUGU